AUGCAUGGAAGUAGUGAAGUCAGUAUACAUUGCACUACGUACGACUAUUAUACGAAGACAUGUUUUCGAAGAAACGCUUUGAUUUCGAUCAAUCAAAACACUGGUCUGGUUGCAAAGAACUCAGGUGAUGAAUUUGAUGCAAGUACUGUUGAAAGUGGAAGUGUCAUUGAUGAUGAACCACAUAGACACCGAGUAAAAUGCCAGCCACAGGUUGAACCAUCACCGAUUUCAAUAUUUAUAGCGAAACCCGGAUGUUACUAUAUAUCACAAGAAGCCCGCAAACGGAAAAUACCAUCAGCUAAUAUUUGA